GAUGUCACAGUUGCUUGUUUCAGAGAACAUAUAUCAGGUUUAAGGCACUCUCAGUGAAACCUGUAAUAACUUAGAGAUAAGAAAGCAAACGGAUCGAUCAGUUUAAGGAUGGUAGACUUUUGGUGCCAAAAGUGGAAGCUGCCACUAUUGUUGUGUCUCACAGGACUACUGCAGUGGGAUCUGUGCAGUGGUCAGAUUCAGGUCCAGAUCCAGGAAGGUCCUCUGUUUAGAGUGAAAGGAUACCCCAUCUCCAUAUCCUGUAAUGUUACAGGGUUUACAGGCCCAUCUAAGCGGGAUUUUGAGUUCAUUCUCAAGAAACCAAAUAUGGAGUUAAAUAUGAUCAGUACCAGUGACCCAAACUUUGCCUACGGAAUAUUCUCUGAUAGAAUAAGAAAUAAAGAGAUUUAUGUUGAAAGGCUGUCAGGAUCUUCAGUUGUCUUGUGGAUCAAAGAUUUACAGGAGAAUGAUGCAGGUGAUCUGCUCUGUGGGACCAUACACACAGGUGGUACAUAUUUCGGAGAUUAUGAUGAUGAAGCAAAGCUUAAUGUGAUUGCAGACACCCUGGAGGCAUCGUACUCGGGUUCUCCCUCUCAGAGCUUGUCUGAAGGUGAUCCUCUUCAGCUUGAGUGCCAGGUCUCCAGCCAGACUUUUCAACACACUCAUCUGUCGGUCACCUGGUUUCUCCAUGGUGAAUUGGAUGAAAACCCCCGGCCAAUCAUUACCCUGGACAAAGAUCUGACUGUAAAGCCAGGAGCUGGAUUUGAGGAUCGCUAUCGUGCCGGUCUUAUCGGCAUGGAUAAGGUGGAGGACACAACCUACAGACUGAAGAUGCCUCAAGUGCAGCAGUCCGACCAGGGGAAGUUCUUCUGCAAAGCCAUUGAGUGGAUCCAAGACCCAGACCGUUCCUGGACACAGAUUGCCCACAAAACCACUGCAGCAUGCGAUGUGGAGAUUAAACGAAUCGUGGCCCCUGAUGCCGACUCCUUCAGUGUUAAUCUGAAGGCUUCAAAGGGGCCACUACAGGAGGGAGACGCACUGGACAUCCGCUGCAGUGUGAAUGCACAGAACCUUCCUGGUCAUUUCUUCUCGGUGACUUGGCUGAAGGACCAGCAGAGAGUGGCCCAGAUCGGAUCCUCUGGGGUGCUCACCGUUUUUGACAGUUACAAAGAGCGAGAGAAUGCAGCAGAGAUGAUAGCAGUGAAAACCAGUCACAUGGACUACCUGCUGACCAUCCGUUCGGCUCGGACUGAGGACCACGGCCAAUACCAGUGUGAAGUUUGGCAGGAAAACAUGAAUGAAGAUGGCACCUUCAAAAAAAUACAAAAACAAAUAUCCAGUCCAGAGACUGUGAGCAUCACAGCUAAAGAGAGUAAUCUGGCGGUGGUCAUGCUGAUGAAGGAUGCGGUGACUGAGGGAGAUGCACUACAUGUCUCCUGCUCAGUGUCAGGAUUCAAGGGUCCUUUAUCAGUGUCAUGGCAACACAAGAAAGACCCGGGGGCUUCCUUCAGUGAUGUCGUUAGUCUGACCCAUGAGGGAGUGAUGAAAGAUGUUGGGGCAAGGUAUCAGAGCAGAAAUGUCCAAACAUUUCAUUCUCCAGCUGGAAACUUUACUCUACAGCUUGGUGCAUCUUCAAUAUCUGACAGUGGAGAAUAUAAGUGCAUUGUGUCUGAAUGGACAGUACAGAGCAAUGGAGAGAUGAAAGCCAUCACCCAAUCUCAGCAAAAAGCCAUUACAGUUAAAUCUGUUGAUUCUCUAAUGGUGGUGAGCUUGACAAGUCGUACAACAAAGGUGCCAAUAGAUUCUCCAGUACAACUGCUAUGUCGAGUCAGAGGGCCUAAAGUGUCUUUGGCUCUACGCUGGAUGUUUCAGCCCCACAAUUCAUCUGUUCAAACAAAUAUUUUAUCCGUAAGUCACACUGGAGAAAUGGAAUGGAGAGCAGAUCAGAGAAACUAUCAGCUGAACAUUCAAGCUCAGCCGGAAGACACUCGUUUCACUCUCAUGGUGCCAAGAGCCAGCAAACAGCAAAAAGGACAGUACCAGUGUCAAGUUGAUGCCUAUCAAAAGGAUGUACAGAAAGCCUUUAAGCACUCCAACCUGUUAGCUGUGAUUGUACACAAACCUGACAGCAAGAUGAGCCUGUUCUCACCCACUUCUCGUCUGGAAACCGCUGUCGACACUGAUGCUAAGCUUGAAUGCUCAGUCAUGACGACAACCACAAAUACGUCUCGUUUCACAAUAACAUGGAUGUUUGGGUCCCAGGUGCUCUUAACUAUGGACCUAGAUGCUGUUGUCAAGUUUGGCCCUGCAGCCGGCCUAGAGAUGGACCAGAGGAUCCGUUUGGAAAUAAGACAGAAACAGAACUUCCAGAUGAUUAUCCAGAAGGUCAGAACAUCUGACAGUGGACAAUAUCAAUGUGAGGUGGAAGAGUGGCUUCAGGAUCCUCUUGGUGACUGGUAUUCCCUCAAGAAAAUGUCUGUUUCCACAGAGCUGGUUGUCCAAGAGAAAGCCAGUGAUUUCAAAAUGAAUAAAACUGACACUCAGUUGAAGGUUGAAGAGGGAAAGCAGGUAAAGUUGAAAUGCUCAGUGGAGGGCAUUGGGUCUGAUCCCACUCUUCGUUACUCCCUUACCUGGAUGUUUAACCAAUACCUGUCCUCCAGUUCUGCACUUCUGACAUAUAGCCAUGAUGGUCGUCUGAAGUACAAAAGCUUUGACUCAGAGCUUGAGGGACGACUUCACUUCUCCACCCCAGAAGUGGGUGUCUUUCACUUGAAUAUCCAUAGAGCCAUCCAGGAAGACAGGGGCCGCUACUACUGUGAAGUUCAACAGUACCAGCUGGACUGUAAAGGCCAAUGGUCACAUAAGGCAAGCGACACGUCCGGUUUUACCAAUGUUACUGUUCAGCUUAUAGGUGAUUUUAAAAAGCAGACAGACCCGUUGGGAACGGCACUGGGAGUCACCAUUCCUCUGAUUUGCUUUCUUGUAUUGGUCAUAAUAUUGUUGUUGAUAAAGGAUCACAAGAAGAAUUCUGAACUGAAGAAGAAGAAAGACUGUCUGUGGGCUGAGAAUAACCCCCUUACUCCUCUACCUGAGAAGACAUGUGCUGCAGAGGAUUAUUCCUUAGUGCAGUAAAACACAAUUACAUACACAAAAUGUUGUUACUGAGGGAUAUCUAUUUUCAAAGUUAAUUUACCCCUACAUUUAAGGAUAAUGUAUUUGCAUUGCUAUAAAUCCAUUUAUUAUGAGGCAAGAUAAGAAUAUUUAAACAAGUGUUUCUGGUUUUGUUUCAGGGACUUGAUUUUACAUACAUGCUAAACAAGAGUGUUUGUUUAUAUGACCAUGACAGAUGUAACAGGCUUGUCUUUACAGUUUGAGCAUCUCUUGAGUUUAGAUUCGUACUCUUAACUAUUCAUUAAUCUCUCCUGAAAACAUAUGUCAUGUAUCGUAGGUUGCAUUUUACCUCGCUUAGUUGUGCUCUUGGUUUUUGAGAAUGAAAAUGUCAUGCAACCUCUCCGUGCUAAUUCCUGCUGAGUGAAAGAAAAAAAAAAUGUGGCAGCAGUUUGUUUGUUUGUUUGCACAGUCUUUGAAGUCAACAUAACAACAUAUAAGAAACAUUUUCUCCUUUUUUUUAUUUAUUAAUUUUGUUUUUUUGUAUUACUACUAUCAGAACAGAACUACAACAUUUUUUUUUUACUUGGUUUUUGCUUUUGUAAUUGCAUAUUAUUAUAGAGUUCACAUUUGAAUUGUGCUGUAUACAUAACAUGGCUAUAAAACAAUUGAAGUUAUAGUUAUGAUGAUGCCAUAUUUUCAAUUGAAUGCAGUUCAGUUUAUGACAUUUACUUAUUCACUCUUUUUACUUAUUCACGGGCAGUUCAAUAGCAAAAGCAAUCACCACACAUGCUGUGUAGACAUUUCCAUGGUAGACGGGAAGUCAAGAUGCUCUGAGCAGAUCUGUUUAGCAAUCACAAUGCAGUGGUUGUGGGUUUUUUUUUUUUUUUUGCUCAAGACUGUUGGGCUGAUCUCACAAUGAAGUCACAGAGGAAAAUGCUUUCUUUGCAAAAGCACGGCGCAUGACUGAAACUACUAAAAGACAUUUGGUUUUUAAAGCCAGUUUACUGUCACUUUUUUGCCAUGGGAACCCUGUAUAGAAGAAAGCCAUGUCACGGUUUAUGAUAAAUGUGUGUAGUUUUUAAAUGUGUUUUGUGAUGGAUUUAAGAAUCUGUUUAACCCUCUUCAGUCAAUGUAUGGUACUGCACCUAAAUAAAAGCUUGUCUGAGA